AUGUUACAGUGUCCGGACAGGUAACCAGAUCCAAUGCCAGACAGUAGCAAACCACAAGGGCCAAGAUGAAUGCCAGUAAAUUGACCGAGCCCUCAUCCUUGGAUGCUGUUGAUUACGAUCCCGUACAGCACCUCAACCUCCUCUUCAACCAUCCGGCCUCAGUUACUUCAAUCGAACCAGUCAGCGCUGCGCUGCAGGCUCACAAGGAUGGCCUCUCGACGUCGAUAGUCGAGCUCGAGACGGAGCAGGCCUACGGGCCGUCGUCGUCGCUGGAGCGCAUGCAGAGCGCCCAGGCCGAGCUGGCCGGCCUCUUCAAGCGCAUCGAGAGCGUCCGCACCCGCGCCCUGCAGACCGAGCGCAACAUCACCACCAUGACGGCCGACAUCAAGCGCCUCGACGGCACCAAGCGCAACCUCACCCUGUCCAUGACCGCCCUCAAGCGCCUCCAGAUGUUGACUACGGCCUACGAGCAGCUGAGGGGCCUGGCGAGGUCCCGCCAGUACCGAGAGUGCGCCGGCCUUCUGCAGGCCGUCCUGCAGCUCAUGAAGCACUUCAACAGCUACAGGUCCAUCGAGCAGAUCGCCGUCCUGAGCCGGAACGUGUCGGAGCUGCAGAGGGAGCUGCUGGAGCAGGUCUGCGAGGACUUUGAGCUGGCCUUUGCCAAGGGAGACGUCGCAGCCCACAGGCCGACCCUGGUGGAGGCCUGUCAAGUCAUGGAUGCCCUCGGGGACAAUGCCCGCGCCCGCCUGGUGACGUGGUACGUCAACACGGAGCUGCGGGAAUACCGUCAGGUCUUCAAGGGCAAUGACGAGGCCGGGAGCCUGGACAAUAUCGGCCGGCGUUUCGCAUGGUUCCGCCGAACGCUCAAGACCCACGAGGAGGAGCACGCUGCCAUCUUCCCGCCCCAUUGGCGCGUCAACGAGACCCUUGCGGCGGCGUUUUGCGACGGUACUCGCGACGACCUCAAGGGCGUGCUCGAGAGGAGUAUGCGCCGCCCGGAUGCCGCUGGCAAGAUCGAUGUAAACCUGCUGCUUAGCUGUCUGCAGGAGACCAUGGACUUUGAGCAGAGCAUCGAGCGACGAUUUGCCUCGGAGAUGCCCCGUGCGAGCAUCGACACGCUCAGCUCAGCCGAUGAGAGGGGCACACACACAUUCAAUGGAUCUAUAUCAGUCGCCUUUGAGCCAUAUCUCAGUCUCUGGGUCGAGUCUCAAGACAGACAGCUGGGUUCCAUGAUACCCAAGUACCGGACCCAGCCACUCAUUCCAGACGAUGAAGAAUUUAGCCCCCAGGCUGUCAUCCCUUCGGCGAUCGAGCUGUUUCACUUUUACAAGACAACUCUGUCUCAGUGCGCCAAGUUGUCGACUGGUGACAGGCUCCUGGAUCUAACAAAGAUCUUUUCAAAAUAUCUGGACGAGUAUGCACAGCAAGUCCUCCUCGGCUUUCUACAACGCGGUGGGCCCCAAGGCCCCGCCACCGAGGACACCAUCUUGGUGCUCAACACUGCCGACUUUUGGCACACAAACACAAAUCAGCUCGAAGAGAAUAUUAGAAAACGUGUAGAUCCCGAACUGGCCGUCAAGGUCGACCUCUCAUCCCAGUCGGACUCCUUUCUUGGGGUUGCAAGCGCUGCAGUCCUCGCGCUGGUGCACAAGGUAGAAGCCGGAUGUGAGGGUGCGUGGCGUGAGAUGAAGAAUACCAACUGGAGCAGGAUGGAAGGCGUUGGAGAUCAAAGUUCAUAUGUGGCUGAGCUGGUCAAGCACGUCAAUUCCCAGGCAGAAGAGAUUCUCCCGUUGGUCGUCAAGCAGCAGUAUGCCCGCGCUUUCUGCGACAACCUGGUUGAACAGAUGGCCAGCGCAUACAUUGCCAACAUUGUUCUUUGUCGACCUGUGUCUGAGGUUGGCGCCGAGCAGAUGCUCCUGGAUAAAUAUGUCCUCACGAAAUCCUUCGAGAACCUAAUGUCGUACCACACUCACUCCAACCCCGAGGGAUCUCAGUACACGCCCUCGGCCAGCUUCGUGAAGCGCGUCAACCAGAUCAUGUCGCGCAUCGACCCGCUCCUCAAGACGCUGCAAGUCCGUGCCUCGCCACCCGAGGGUCUCGUGCAGGCCUACCUCAUCCACAUCGGCGACAAGUCCGACACCAACUUCCGCAAGAUCCUCGACCUCAAGGGCCUGCGAUCCAAGGCCGACCAGGCGCACCUGGUCGAGCUCUUCACCAUCCACAGGGAGGGUACCGCCGCCCCGGGCAGCAAGCAGCUCGUCAUGAACUCGCCCCUGCUGACCCCGCUCAUGUCCUCGUCCGGCUUCGGCGGCGGCGGUGGCGCCAUCGCCACCAACCCGGGCCUCGAUGCCGCGAGCAGCAUCGGCGAAAAGCUCCUCAGCGCCGCAAGGGAUACGGGCGUCACGGGCCUGGGCGUCAGCAUUCCCGGCGGUGCCGGCGGCGGGAACCCCCAGGUCAACAUCAACGAGAACCUCAAGAACAUCGGCAAGUUCUUUAGGAGGGAUAUCGGCGGCCUGGGCGCGCGCUUCGGGAAGCGCGACGUCACGCCGACGGGUUCGGGCGGUGCUGAUGACGGGAGCAGGUGAUUUUAUUGGAUUAUAAGAGAUCAGACGCUUGAGAUUUUGCCAGGAGCAGAGUAGACAAAAAGAUAA